AAGAGCAUUUUUCGGGGCGAGUUUACAUUUUGCGGAUAAUUGUGGAAAAAGCGGUGAAAGAACGUGCAAACACAAAACCAAAAAUCGCUGCCUAAAUGUGGUCACUACGUGUGAUAAGAACGUCACGUUUAAAAAGCUGAACCUUUCAUUUCUGGGCAAAAAAAGAGCGGUUUUCUGCGAGGGCGAGCAAAGAAAAUUAAGUGUGGUGGGAAUCGGAAUCGGGAUUCUACGCAUUGUACGGCGUAUCAGCUGAAGAAGAGAUUGUGUGCACCUCAAGCAAACAAAACCAAAACAAAACAAAACCGUUUGGAGAACUAUGAGAUCCUAGGGCUCACCGCGCCGAAUUCAAUUCGACCGCCAUGGACAAGCGAUUCAAGUGGCCGCUCAAACAGCGGGCCAACUACUCUGAGUCGCCCUAUCACCACAAUCCGUCGCGUGGCUACCAGAGGCAUCUGCACGGCCAUCUCAAUCAGUCGCAGCACACGCAUCCCGGCAAGAGUUAUGCGCGCCAGCAUCACGGCUAUAGCCAUGGCGGCCAUGGCGGGGGCGCCAAUAGCUACCGCAAGCCACUGGCGCCUCCGCCGCCGCCCCCCUCUGUUCACGUGGGGGGUGGAGCCAUGCCGCCACCUUCUUCCGGCGGGUCAGUGGGUGCCGGCGCCGAUAUGGUCACCCUGAUCGUGGAGAACAACAACCUGAAGCGCAUGAUUGUGCUGCAUUUGAAACUGAUGCAGGAGCAAACGGAUAGCCUGGCGGCCAAGGACAAGGAUCUGGACGACCAAAGUGCCAAGAUGGGUAUGGUGAUGGCGCAGAACCAGGAACUAAAGCUGGCUGUUGCCAAGCUGGAGGCCGCCAACGAGGAUCUGCGCAAGCAGUUGCGAAGAAAAAACCAGCGGCGGAACGACGAUGACGACGACGACGACGAUGAUCACUUACUGCCUCCUGCUGCCCCGCAGCUGAAGCUGAUCCGCUGCCAUGCCGAGACGCAAACUGUGCUCCGGGAACGGGAACAGUGCACCCAGACAAUGGACGUGCUGCCGCAGCAGGCGGAGGCGAAACCCAGGAUACUGAUGGUGGAGGAGAUUCCAGCUGUGCCUCAGCACGCUGGUGCGGUCACAAAUCCGCCCGCCGACAAACGCUCAGAGAGCAAAGGACGCGGCGAGUUUAAUGGCAAAAAAGUCAGCACCUUCAUCCUGCAGCGCAUGAAUCAGGACUUCAAACAUCAUAUCCAGGAGGAAAAGGACCACGGGGAAGAGCAGACCAAGCAGAAACAUGAGCAGUUGCAGGAGGAGGACGACCAUCUUCGGGAGGAGAUUCAUCUGCGGGGAGAGGACGACCAUUUGAGGGAAGAGGACGACCAUUUGCAGAUGCAGGAAGUGCAAGGUGAGGAAGUCGUAGGGGGCGAUAUCUUCCACGAUGCUCUGGACGCCAUUGAAAUGGAGGUGGUUAGCGAGGAGCUGGUGGAUUUGGAGGAGAAUGUACAGUCUGUGGAUGCCAACGGCCAUAUGGAGGAGGACGAUGAUGAAGAUGAGCAGGACGAAACGGAUGAAGAGGACGAUAGCGAAGAGGAUGAGGAUGACGAGGAGGAUGCUCAAUCGGUGACCAGCAAUAUGGAUAUGCACUUUCGGCCUGAGAACGAUCUCUGGCAGAAUCAGAUAAACUCUAUGGAGUUGGAUAUGACGGAGGAGAAGGUAAUAGCGCCUUCGGCCCACUCGACGCCAAAUCAUCAGCAGAAUUCACUGCCACAGGUUGAGGAUGAAGAACAGGAUCCAAGAAGCGAAAAGCAGCUGCAACUGGAGCCUAAAGAAAAGAUCGAAAAGCAGUUGGAUCAGGAAUUAGGGGCUGUUGAACAAAUGGAGGUCGACAACGUCGUGAUCGCCGCUGAUAAAAUGGGACAAGACAAGUCAGAGAUUGAAGGAAAUGCCUUAAAAACGCUGAUUUUUCUGCAAGAAGUCGGGCUCAAGCAGAAGGAGGAGAAUCAGAAAGUGGCCAUUGAGUUGUUGGAAAUGCCUAAGGAGCCGCCAAAUCGUCAAGAUAAAGCCACGGAGGAUCACAAAGCAAUCAAGAAGCAUCAGGAUAUUUCCAGGGAGCAACAGAAGCACCAGGAAACUCCCAAGGCGGAACUAAAAAACACGGAUCCUGCCAAGGAGCAAAAGGGGCUGGAUAGGCAAGAGGUUGUCCGACUGGAACCCCUGGAGGAUGCACGCAAGAAGCACAUGGAAAUUGCCAAGAAGCAAAUGGAGGAUGUAUCCGAGCCGCUACCAAACGCAGUUACACCUAAGGUAGCUGCUGUUACGAAUCCAUCUGCUAGGCAAACUUCGCUGCCCAAGGCUGACACCGCUGAUAUAAAAGGUUUACCUGCUCAAAAGAUUAUUGCUAACCAUCAGUCCACAAAGACCCAAACAGAUCCUAUAAAAAAGCAGCGUUUGCAGGUUAAGAUCAGGCAGCAUGAAAGGUUCUUUGUCAAGACGGUCGGCUCCUUCGCUCCCUCCGAACCGAGAAAACACAAGAUCAAUGAUCAGGAACAAGAGGCCGAGAUAAAGGUCAUGAAACAUCUGAUGGUUAAUGAUAAGACCAUUACAAAGCACGCUAAAAUCGAUGAUCAAGACUUGGCCCACGUGGAAACUGUGAAACGCAAACUGGCCGAACAUUUAAAAAAGGAACUGCUUAGCCAGAGUCAGCAGUCACCCGUUGCUCUUAAGAAAACUAUUAAGGAGAGAGCGGCGACAAAUUUAAUCUAUCCACCACCCAAUGCACCUGUAUCCUCUACCACAAUAACCCCAGCGCCCACGCCGUCGACGACACCCACGCCGGGCUCCACGCCACAGCCGACACUCACAUCCUCAAUCGAAUUGGAAAUAUCUGCGGCAAAAUCCAAAUCCAAGGCACCUGAACAGAUAGCAACUCCUCUGACACCUCAAUCCAAUAGCAGCGUUAGCAGUAGCACUUCCACAACCCGGAAAACCCUAAACAACUGUUCACCCCACACGUACAGCAAGGCGACCGCGAGAUCGGGUAUAUCCAAAUCCAGAUUCCGCACCGCCACGUUUCCGUACAGCACGAGAACGUGGGAGGAUCAGGAGUUCCACUGCGACAACGAGUUCUUCCUGGAGGAGGCCGACGAGCUGCUGGCGGAUAAUCCUAGCCUGGAGAUACCCAAGUGGCAGGAUAUCCCAGUGCAGCCCAGUUCUGAUAAGAGUAAUAUAGAAGCACUGAGCGAUGCUGCUUUCGAGCGGCGGCACCAAAAGUAUGUGAAGGAUGAGAUCGAUCGAAAGUGCCGGGAUGCACGUUACAUGAAAGAACAGAUACGGCUUGAAGGGCUAAGGAUGCGUCGCAAUCAAGACGAAGUAUUGGUUGCGCUGGAUCCGCUGCCCACGUCCACCUUCUACCCGCUUCCCGAGGACAUCGAUGGUGUCCAAUUUGUCACCGAGGUGCCAGUUCAAGCGUUCGGAGAAAAUAUGGUCAAUAUGGAGGCGAGAGAUGAUUUCGGUGUCGCCUGGGUGGAUGCUGUCGAAGCGCCCACCUCCAUAGCAAGGUCCAAGGCGCUUGCCGAGCCGGUUGCAACGUUGGCCAGCAAAAAGCUGACCACCACCGCCGCCGAGGCGAGGCAUCAAGAAAAACACUCCUCCUACGUGUUUCCCAAACGACGCAAGCGCCAGAAGAAUCGUUAGCCAGGCCGCACCUGGGGAAUGUGCUUCGGGAGCUGAGCUGACGAGUGGCGGUCGGGCGGAAGACGUUGCGUUUACCAUACUGAUGAUUUUCAUUUUCUAAUUUUUAGUUACUUCUUAAGCGUGAAAGUGAAAGCACCAGAGUUAACAGUACCCAAUCCCAGAUAUCGUCAAGUUGUCAUGUAAUCCAGAUCAGACGAUGUUGAUUGUAUAUAUGGUUCCACAGCUGUUUUUUUUGUAUUUGUAAUAUGAAAUAAGAGGAAACACUUUAAGACAUUUUGUUGAAGAAACUAUUAAACUAUACAUUUUACACGUUUAAAAUUCCAUGCGAGUUCAUUAAACGAGUCCAAAUUAAGCUGUCCUGUUAAUAUAUAAUAUAUUAAAUUCGAUGUACAGUUUCAAAUUAAAUUCACUGCAGCUACGAUA